AUGCCGUCGGACAACGCCAAGUUGAUCGGAAAAGCACUCGGAUUCUUCAUUCCUCACCUCGGCCGAGUCGCGAUCCAACGUGUGGCCGCUGUUCGUCACAACUGGACCUGGCAGGACACCCCCGACGCGAAGAACGUCGUAGUCCUGGGAGGCUCGUUCGCCGGAAUCGAGUUGGUCAACCGGUUGGCUGAAACGCUCCCGACGGGGUUCAAGGCUGUGUGGAUCGAGAAGAACUCGCACCUUAAUUACUCGUUCAACUUCCCUCGUUUCUCUGUCUUGACGGGGCACGAGCACACGGCUUUUAUCCCUUACGAUGGUGUAGCACGGGGUGCACCGACUGGCAUCUUCACGCGCAUCCAAGACACGGCUGUCGGGCUCACAGAGAACCAGGUGCUUCUCGCAUCGGGAGAAAGGAUCGACUAUGCGUACCUUGCCAUCGCAACGGGAUCAUCCCAGCCACUUCCUGUCCAGGUGGUAGCCACGGAGCGUAAUGACGGCUGUCAUGAGCUACAGGGUGUGCAAAGUACAAUCAAGGCGAGCCAGAAGAUCGCUAUUGUCGGCGGGGGGGCUGUAGGCGUUGAGCUCGCCAGUGACAUUAAGGACUUCUAUCCGGACAAAGACGUGACAUUGAUUCAUUCUCGUGGUCAGCUCAUGAGUCAUUUUGGGACGCGACUGCAGGACUACACACUCAGUGCGCUGCGGGAUGAGCUCAAGGUUCGCGUUCUACUAAACGAACGUCCUGAGAUGCCAGCUGCCGGGAACAUGGCUCAGUCGGCGACGCUGACCUUCUCGGACGGGCGUGAAGAACAGUUUGACCUCAUCAUUGGUUGCACCGGCCAGCGCCCCAACUCAUCUAUCUUGUCCUCUCUGCUCCCCGACGCGAUCUCCAAAGAGACAUCCCGCAUCCUGGUUCGACCGACCCUGCAGGUGUUCGCAUCGAAUCAUAAUAUACCCAUGUUUGCCUUCGGUGAUGUGGCCGACCACGGCGGUCCUCACAUGGCAAGGGCGGGCUGGAUGCAGGCCGGAGUAGUGUUAGAUAACAUUCUAGCAAUGAUCAACGGACAGACGCCAUCGCGGUUAUAUACACCCAACCUCUUUAUUGAGGGGGCCAUCAAGCUGACUCUCGGAAAGACGCAUAAUGUCGUUUAUGCCACAGAGGCGGACGGCUCUGACGUGAUGGUCCCCUCCAGAGACGGAAAACUGGACCUGGGAAUCGAGCGAGCGUGGAAGGAAUUUGGGGCCAAUUUUAAGCUUGCCAAUACAGCCACGGAGUCUGUGGGACAGCCCGUGAGCGGUGCUGGAGAAGUCCAGUGA